AACGCUUCAAUUUCCCCAUUACCAAUCAGCUACCACAGAACUUUGAGAGACAUGGCUGAGACGCUUGUUUCUAUAGCCCUACAGCAGCUGGCGAAAAUCAUGGAAGAACAGGUGAAGCUUGUAACUGGUGUAGAGGAAGAUGUUAGAACCCUCAAAAGCAAUCUCCAGUCUAUCCAAGGUGUGCUGGUUGAAGCAGAGAAGAAACAAUUUGAAAAUGUUCCCAUCAAGCAAUGGUUGGAUAACCUUAAGGAUGUGUCCUAUGCAAUCGACGAUGUGCUGGACGAGUGGAGCACAGCCAUUGUUAGAGCACAGACUGAGGAAGAUGACUUUUCCCACAGCUGGUUCGAGAGCCAACUCCUUCAGUUUCCUUUUCUCAGACAAGUAUGUUCCUUCCUCCCAAUAAAUUCUUGCUUUGCUUGCACUGAAUUUGGUAACCGCUAUGAGAUUGCUCGUAAGAUUAAGAAACUAAAUGCAAGGCUAGAUGAUAUUGCCAAGGAGAGAAAGAGGUAUACUUUUAAAUUAACUGAGGGAAAUGAAGAAGUUAAUAAACCGCUUGUUGUUACUUCUGCUAUUGAUGUAGCUGAAGUGAAGGGUAGAGAGCAAGAUAAAACUGCAAUUAAGAAAAUGUUAAUGGUUGAGAGCGGUAAUAGAUCAAACCUGCAGCUGCAGGUUGUUUCUAUUGCAGGGAUCGGGGGGUUGGGAAAAACUACUUUAGCCAAACUAGUCUACAAUGACAAAGAUGUGGAGAAGUAUUUUGAGAACAGAGUAUGGGUUUCUGUCUCAAAGCCCUUUGAUGAGGUUAAGAUAGCAAAAUCAAUCCUAGAAAUUCUUACUGAUGCUGCUUCAUUUUUUAAUGAAUUUGAAACUAUAAUGCAACACAUACAAAAAUUAGUUAAGGGGAAAAGGUUUCUGCUUGUCUUGGAUGAUGUGUGGGAAGAUGGUCCGAGCAAGUGGGAAAGAAUGAGAGAUUCUUUCACAUCUGCUUCACUAGGAAGCAGUAUUUUGCUGACCACUCGAGAUAUGAGUGUACCAGGGAACAUGGGUUGCAGGAGAGAUUGCUUAUUCAAACUAGGAAAAUUAUCCCUGGAGGAUUGUUGGUCAAUAUUUAGUGAAAUUGCCUUCUUUCAGAAAAAUAACGAAGAGAGAGGACGUUUAGAAGCUAUUGGUAGGGAAAUUGUAGAGAAGUGUGAUGGUUUACCUAUGGCUGCAAAAACUUUAGCAUGUCUUUUGCGCUCGAAACAAUCAUGGAAAGAGUGGCAGAGUGUCUUGGAUAGUGAGGUGUGGGAACUGGAUGGGUUAUGGGAAAAGGGCUCAGAAACUCAAAGUGGUUUUGCCUCCUUGUGGUUGAGCUAUUAUAACAUGGUUUCAGAACUGAGACCAUGUUUUUCGUAUUGUUCUAUCUUCCCUAAGGACCAUGAGAUAAAAAAAGAUGUCUUGAUUCAAUUGUGGAUGGCUCAGGGAUAUCUUAGGCAAACACCUGCAGAAGACAUGGAGAGAAUUGGUGAAAAGUACUUCCAAAAUUUAGCUGCAUUUUCUUUCUUUGAAGAGUUGAAAAAAGAUGAUUAUGGUAAUAUAAUAAGCUGUAAGAUGUAUAACAUAGUGCAUGAUUUUGCCAAAUACAUUAGAAAGAAUGAAUGUUUAAGCAUUAAGGUUGAUGGUGGCGAAGAGUUGAGGACGGACUCUCUCGGAAAAGAAGUGCGCCACUUAAGGGUAAUGCUUGGGAAAGAGGUCUCAUUCCCUAGCUCCAUUUAUAGGCUAAAGAAUCUGCGUAGUCUCUGGGUUCAAAGUAAAGGGAAUUCGAUGAUCGGGGCAGCCCUGCCUAAUUUAUUCAGUGGAUUGACUUGUUUGAGAACCUUAAACCUGAGCAACUGUAACAUUGUAGAAAUUCCAUCCACAAUAAGCAAACUCAUCCAUUUGAGACAAAUUGAUUUGUCUUACAAUAAGGAACUGAAGGAGUUGCCUGAAACAUUAUGUGAAUUAUAUAAUUUGCAAACCUUGAAUAUCAGUUGGUGUGUUAGCUUAGUAAAACUGCCUCGUGGUAUAGAAAAGCUAAUCAACUUGAGGCAUCUGAACAAUGGAGGUUUUGAAGGAGUCCUGCCAAAAGGGAUCAGGAGAUUAAGUUGUCUGAGAUCAUUAGAUCGGUUUGGCAUUGGACAUGAUGGUGAAGAAUCAUGCACUCUUGGAGACAUGAAGGGCUUAAACAGCCUUCAAGGAUACUUCUGUAUCAGGGGGUUAGAAAAUGUUGCUGAUGUUGAUGAGGGAAAACAAGCAGAACUCAAGAAAAAGACAGAAGUCUCUCCUUUGGAAUUAAGGUUUGGCAAAGGGGAUGCAGAGUGGAGGAAAAGCCAUGAUGGGGAAUUGCUAGACGCCUUGGAGCCACCUCCAUAUGUGCAAGAAUUAAGGGUAUAUGACUACCAAGGCAGCACAGUGUUUCCAACCUGGAUGAUUUCCUUAACUAGUUUGAAGACGCUUUUGCUUACCAAUUGUAAAGCCUGUCAACAUUUGCCUCCUCUGGGGCAGCUCCCUUCCCUUGAAUUUCUUCGGAUAUGGGGUAUGGAUGGAAUAAAAAAGGUGGGUCCUGAGUUCCUGGGAACAGAAACUCAGUCCGCAUUGGUGGUUGCAUUUCCCAGACUGAUAAAACUUCGUUUCGUGCGCAUGCGGAAUUUGGAAGGAUGGGCUGAUGAGUUUAGCAUUAAAAGAACAAUAAUGCCAAGGCUUCGCACUCUGUCCUUUGCUUGGUGCCCAAAGUUGAAGGCAGUGCCAGAUCAGAUGCUGGGGAAGGCAACAUUGCAAGAGUUAAUAUUCACUUGCUCCCCUAUUCUGAAACAACGUUACCAGAAGGGGACUGGAGAGGAUUGGCACAAAAUCUCUCACAUUCCUAACAUCAAAGUUUGGAACUUCGGAGAGAAACGGUUCUUGAAAUUGCUAGAGGAGAGAGGACUGAUCCUUCAUUCCUAAUCUGAUGAAUUAACCAACUCUGUUGCUGUGGCUGUACGUUGUAGAUACUAUCGACUCGUAGGUAAUGUUCCUAAAAUUGUAGGAUUUAAUGGGAAAUUUUCUUUUUUUUUUUUAAUUAAGAUUUUAAUUUUAUUGGAUUGGCAAAAGUUCUGAUAACCCUUAAUUUUGCAGGUAUUUCUUGUUGGAGAGACAUUAGGCAGAUAUUUCACGAGGGUGGGAAAACAACAGCAAUUCCCUCUUUGAUGCUCUUCCAAUAUGGGAAAUCAAGCAAUCUGAAACAUCUUCUAAAGGAUACGGCAGGCCAAUUUUUGAAGAAAUUCUUGAAAUGAUCUUAGAUAUGCAAUGAGAUAGUCGACAAGUGCAACUGCUUGUAACUUCCAUAAACUACUAAAAAAAAUUUCCAUAAACAAUUGCAUUAUAUUUUUAUUGGAUUUU